AUGGGGGAGGUGCGCGGACAGGCGGCCGUGGCGGGGGAGGUGCGCGGACAGGCGGCCGUGGCGGGGGAGGAGGCGGCGGAGGAUGAAGUAGAGAAGGAGAUGAUGAUGGUGAUACGCCGAUUUGCCCGUGAAAGUGGGGUCACCCAGCGAGACGUCAUCAUCAACGUCUACGACGACAACCAAGCGCGGCCGCUGUUCACCAACGCCCCCUACCCGUUCCGCGCCGUACUGAGUCCGGAAGCCGCCAGCUACGAAGUCGUCUACAUCCUGUCGGCAGAGGGCGCCGCCGGAGCCGGCGACAUCCGGUACACGCUGGAGCUCGACUACAACAGUAGCGGGAUAUUUGAGGUGGACCCGGUGCUGGGCUACGUGCGAACAACCGUCGCCAACCCGUUCACGUUCGGCGACGAGUACGUACUGAGAGUGUCGGCGAAAAACGUCAGCGCAGACGAUCAAACACAGGGUUCGCUAGAGUUAUACUGCUAG